UCCUGGGUUUUUGGCCCUGUGUCCCUCCCAACAUCAUCGCAUCGCCUUCUAACAGAAGGCACUGCCCACUCUUCCUCACCAUCAAGGCAUUUCCCCAACAGACCAGCAACGGCUGCAGCUCAGAAGGAACCUGUCGCUGCAUGAUGGAGGCCCGGCAGGAUCCAUUUAUCACCCGGCAGGCAGCUUUAUUUUUUAAAAAAGACGUGAGAGUAUAUCAGGGCCAGGAGAAUAAAACAACUCAACAAAGACAAGCAAACACGGGAAAGAUGACAGCCUGGCGAGAUGAAGAUAUACAACUGGUGGGAUCACAGGAAGAUAAGCCAUUGCCCCGAGGGAUACCAGGAGGCAUUUUUGGAAUCCUGGGCGUCGUUGCUGCUGCUGCCCUCAUUAUCAGCGUGGCUGUGACUGUCUUCAUUGUCUACAGGCGACAGCAAAAGGGCCGCUCUGACACCGACAAUGAUCUGAUUGACCUUCCCCCCUCCCACAAACCUGCUCCCCCACCUCCCAAGCGGAAGCAGGAGAUGAAAAGCCACCUAACAGCAGAGGAUAUUCAGGUCGUGCACUUGGACAACAUGAAGGAGCCAGAGGAAGAGAUCCAGAAGUUGCCACCCCAACCCCCCUACUAUGACAUGGCAGCCACCGAGCCAACCCCUCACUCCGACAAGAUGAACUUUGGAAAGCGUCACACAGAGAUACCGGAUGCGGGUGAUUACCUAAGCUGCCGUUACUCACGUGAAGACCAGUACCUGGCAAGAAUACCAUAUGUCUAUAGUCCCUUGUCAUAUCUCCCAGAAGACGCCUACUCAUCCCGCCAUUCUGAGGCUUCCUUUUGCUGCCCACCUCCCGGCUCCAGGGCUCCGUACAUCUGUCCCAAAGAACAGUAUGUUUAAAAAGAACCCCGCAGAAAAGCAAUGAAGACAGGAGGGGCAAAAGAAAUAAUCUCCAUGUGUUUCCAGCUAUCACACAUCAACUACGGCCUUUGAACCCACCCACUUGCACCCCCUCCAGCCAUUGGGGAUUGUGUCUGGGUUGUGUGUGUGUGAUGUCUGUGUGUGAGUGCCGGUUUCUCCCCAUCGCUACUAUCCACCGUUUCUUAUUUUUACUGUUUUUGUUGAAAAGUGUCAAUGCAUUUGUACUUUUCAUUGUUAGGUUAAGGCUGCGGUCUUAAACACAGUUGCAAGGGAGUGAACCUCACUGAACAGAGCGGGAUGUACUUCUGAAUCGACAUGCAUUGGAUUGUGCUGUAACCUCUGCCUUGUUUGUUAAGGAACAUCUUCCUCUUUCCCAACCCCAUCUAAUUUUGACCCCUUGGGGCUUCCGUUCCACGCAGGCUUGGUGUGUCCAUGCAUCAGUGAAUUUCCACUGCUGUCCUCUGCUGGAUGGAAUGUGCCUCUUGCUCAAAUGUCCACCGUCUGUUUUCCAUUUACACAAUUUUGCACUAUGGUUAAACUUCCAAGUUAACGCUACACGUAGCCCCUUGCUAUAACACCUGUCCUGAAGGUUGGGACUCUUGUCUUCCUUCCAAAUGCAACCUGUUGCACUCCACGAAGAACCUUCCCACUUUAAGAGCCCUGUCUGCAUCCUUCCCAUUCAUUCAUGGGUCUUGUUUCCAGAAAUGUAACAAAGCAUGACAUGAAAGCUUGAGGCAAAGGUCAUUGCAAAGAAAACUCCAGUGAAUAGCCAUGUGAAAGAAAUGGUCCCUGUCCCUUAGCCCUCCUGCGACCUGUUUAUUUCCUUUUAACCCAGGGGGCAGUCAAUUCAGAGGUUUCAGAAGGAAAAUGCUGUUUGGUUUUGCAAAGUGGAUUUAAAGAAACACGUUCCUUUAACCUGAGACCAAAAGGAAAAGCCUUGAAUUAGGAAGGGGGGGGAUGCAUCUAUAACUUUUAAGUUUAGUUCAGGAAUCAACAGCCUCCCAGUUUUGCUAUGCACAAAAUUGAUUGGAACUCUCAAAUCAACUCAGGCAGGUGGAGAUGAAUGAUUUCAGGUAACCUCCUUGCUUUUAACAAAGGAUGAAAGCCAAUGCAGGAUCAGACCUUUGACGUUUUUUCCAUUUUCUUUCCCUUUUUUCUCCUCUCUGUCUCAGUUUUGUACACAGCAACAACCCAAGUUUGGGACUGUACAUUUGUAUCUCUCUCAGAUAUAUAGAUAUGCAUAGUUAUAUUCGAAGUGUGGGUGGGCGUGAAACCACAUGUGUAUUUUCCUGCAUCCUCCAAGUGUUAUAGAUAAGGACAUUCAUCUCCACCUCACCUCUUUGCGCACAUGCAAUAGGAUGGUAUGAAGUCCUGUGACAGGGGGUGCUGAAGAAAGGAUGGUGGAGGAAACAAAGUCUUGGAGAAGAGUAGGUCGCAAGGAAGAAGAAAAACCAUGAAGCACCUGGGAUAGUGCGGAAGAAAAUGGAAAUUGAUGCAUUUAUGAAAACAGAUGUGUCAAUGGUUGGGAUUAUCUUCUCGUCCUAUUUAUGGGGUGAGCUAUGUGUGCCCUUCUGCCAGUGACCCACAAGGACAUCAGGGCAAAGGGCACACCCACCCCUAAGUGAUCAUUUGCUCUUAUGAGCCAUAUUUUCUGCCCUUAUGGUAUUAAGGGUCUCACAACUUAGAGGAGAUCUGCCAGGGGAAACAGUGCAAUGGAGGCUGUCACAACCUAGCUGAGCCAACAUUUAUUUUUGUACCUUUGGUUGAAGAAGGCUAACAUUGCUUGAUGCACUUUGGAUCCCCGUGUUGUUUCCCAUGCACUUUAAGUCCUCACUUUGGAUUUCACUUCUCCCCUGUGCCACCUCCCCCAUCCUGAUGUUUAGCUUUACCGCCCCCUUCCUUUGACACACAAGCUAAACGGUGUUCACACUACCUCAGCCAUUUCCUGCAAGCUUAAAAACAAAACAAUGGGAAGCCACUGGUGAUGAGACCAAAAGCAAGAUGGCGGCACCUCCUCUUGACUCCUUGACACCACCUAUUUCCAGUUCGGAGCCAUUGCCUGGAGCUGUGAUGUCAUUUCCUGCCUAAGGCAAGAGGCAGGUGAGCCAUCUGAGGAAAUGUGAAUAUCAGGACAAAUGGUGCUGUUGGCUUCCUCCUGCCCCCUCAAGACCCUCUGCAGAGCAAAGAAAAGGGAGUGAUGCACUUCCUCACCCAAAGUUGGUGGUAAUAUUUAUUGUUGUUAGUAAGGCCUACGUUGGCCAUGGCGUGGAAUGUUCCUUUUUUUGGGGGGGGGUAAUGAAAAUAUGUUAGCACUUUAAAUAUGUGGCCCAAAAUUAAAUCCCAGCUGAAUUAA